CGCGAGGGGCAUGUCCCUUGCCAGACUCCGUAAGACAUGAAACGAUUCAUGGCGUCACGUGACCGCGCACAGCAAACCACAGCAAAGCAGCGAGGGCGGGAGAGGAGCGGCGCGUGCCGAGACUUUACUGCUGUCUGAUGAAACAGGGCUGAGCUCAGAGACACAAAGUAAAGUAUCGCUCCUGUUCCUGUCGAUCAAACACCAACAACACAGCGUCGCGGUCGCUUCUAUGGAUCCUCCGCAGCUGAAGCAGUCAUGUGUUCACUUGAGUCUCUGAGAGAGUUCAUAGAGGAGAGGCUGACUGCUGUUUGUCAACAAAUCUUCUGCGAGGUUCAGAAAACCAUCGUCCAGUAUGAGGAGGAGAUCGAGAGUCAGCGCAGACUGCUGGAUAUCAGCCGGAGACCCGACACACACUCACACGGCUCAGACCUCCAGCAGUUUCAGUUCUGUGGGAAAGGGGAGCCUCUGACAGACCAGCAAGUCUGUAACCAGGAGAGGAGCUUCAGUGUGGACCAGGAAGACCCAGAGCCUCCACUGAUGAAAGCGGAACAGGAGGAACUCUGCAGCAGUCAAGAUGGAGAGCAGCUGGGACUGAAGCUGGAGGCUGACAGCAUUAGAAAUAAUGAAGAGCGGCUCAGACUGAUGGCGACUAUCUGGAAACCUGAGAUAAAGCUGCACAGAAUAGACCUCAAACAACUACAUGUCUGUAAGGAGGUGGAAAAGAAGUCUCUCACAGAACAGCAGGUCUGUAACCAGGAGAAGAGCUCCAGUGUGGACCAGGAGGAACCAGAGUCUCCACAGAUUAAAGAUGAGCAGCAGGAACUCAACAAAAGUAAGGAGGGAGAACAGCUGGGAGUGAAGCUGGAGGCUAAUGCAUUCACAGUGACUCCUGCUUAUGAAGAAAGUGGAUACAGUGAAGCAGAACCAAGGAGUGCGCAGAUUUCUCACUGGUCUGCUGAAGCAGAGAGCCGAGAUCAGGAUGAAAGCCAGCAUGUGGACUCAUGGUCACCUAAAAAUGCACAGGUGAAGAAGAAGAGAUGUCGCAGAAAGAGAAGUGACAGUAAGAGAGUAGAAAAGGCUUCUGUGUCAGAGAGUCAGGAUCAAAGUGGGGCAAGAAAAAAGACUGAACAAUGUGACAUGUGUGGGAAAACCUUUCUGUUUAAAUCCAAACUGACUGCACAUGUGAGAUGUCACACAGGUGAGAAACCAUAUUCUUGUAGCACCUGUGGGAAGGUCUUCACUUACAUGUCAGGAUUGACCACUCACACAAGGGAUCACACAGGUGAAAAACCAUAUUCUUGUAGCACAUGUGGGAAGACUUUUCCGUUUAAAUCCAAACUGACUGCACAUCUGAGAUGUCACACAGGCGAGAAGCCAUAUUCUUGUGGCACUUGUGGGAAAGUAUUCACUUACAACUCAGGAUUGACUGCUCACACAAGGGAUCACGAUGGUGAGAAACCAUAUUCUUGUAGCACCUGUGGAAAGACUUUUCUGUUUAAAUCCCAACUGGCUACACACAUGAAACGUCACACAGGUGAGAAGCCAUAUUCUUGUAGCACAUGUGGGAAAUUUUUUCUCCUUAAAUCCCAGCUGACUGCACAUGUGAGAGUCCACACAGGUGAGAAGCCAUAUUCUUGUAGUACCUGUGGGAAAGUAUUCACACACAAAUCAGGGUUGAAUGCUCACAUAAGAGUUCACACAGGUGAGAAGCCAUAUUCUUGUAGCACCUGCGGGAAAACUUUUAUCCUUAAAUCCCAGCUGACUACACAUGUGAGAGUUCACACAGGUGAGAAACCAUAUUCUUGUAGCACUUGUGGAAAAGAAUUUAGUCAGUGGAUGAACAUGAAACGUCACAUGAGGUGUCACACAGGUGAGAAGCCAUAUAGUUGCAGCACUUGUGGAAAAAGAUUCUCUCAGAAAUCAGGAUUGAAAGUUCACACAAAUUCACACAGGUCACACAGUUAUGCGAAGGCUGUAGAAUCUGUGGGGAAAAAAAUUGUUACAGCACUCAGUUAAUGAGAAACAUCAUAAUUCAUACUGGUGAAAAGUGUGAUACUUAGAAAAGGUGGGACAGCUGUGAGUCGUAGUAGUACGUUGGUAUUCCACACUGAUCAGGAGUGAAAUCACUGCAACACCUGAGUAAAAAGAUCACCAAUACUCAAAUCAGCAUUUUCUGUCCAGGAAAGUAAAGAACUCUCAGCUUUGUUUAUUCAGCUUAUUACCUUGUUCUUAUAAUUGUAUCAGGGAAAACCUGAUCUUACAUUUCAUGAUGGUUAAAGUUCAGUGUGCUCCUGUUCUGCGGGAUCGUUGUUAAGUUCUGCUGUUUAUUAAUGUGUCUUAAAUUUCAAAUAAAGAUUUCAUUCAUUAAAUUUUUUUGAAGUAAUUACUAAUAUAUGAAAGCAAAAUAACAGAGUGUUCAGUCUUAUUUUGUGGUUUUUGUUUUAGAUGUUGUUUUACAGAAAUGUACAAACUGAUUUUUUACAUUAAGAAAACAUGUA